AUGCCCUUUGUCAGCCAGAUGUUUGGACUCGUUUUGGAGGCUGAGUCAUUAGCUGGGAGUGCCCUGGCAUUUGGGCUCUGCUGUUCUGUGUCUGAGAAGGAAGGCAGGCAGCCUGUGAAGGACUGGCUCCCAAGCAGUAAAAGGGGCUGUCCGGGCCAGACCAGGGCCCCGCCAGCAGACCAGAGGACGCCCUUCAUAGCGUGGGAACUCCAGGCUGCCUGGAGCUGCCUGCCCUUAAGGACCAUCCCUUCCCGCCCCACUCCCAACUCUGACGGGCAGAGCAGGCAGCAGGGUCUGAAGAAGCCCGUGUGGACACUCAGAGAAGCCAGCAGAAGCCGGGAAGGAGAUUACCAUCUCAUCACGGCCCCCAGGACUAGUAAGCGCUCGGUUGGGUGGGAUAAGCUGACAGAUUUGGAGGUGGCGUCAGGGAAAAGUGCCUUUGUAGGUGUCUUCAAGGUGCACAAGCCAUCGCCUGACCGUCCGGGGUGCAGGUCCGCGAACAGCAGGGAAGAUGCCUGGGAAAGGCCGGAACUACCAAGGCCCUGGCCCCCAGAUGUGUUGGGCUACGCCCCCAACACCGCUGCCUCCCGGUCUCAGACCCUGUCAUCGCCCCGCCUCACCCCAGCAAGACUCCCCUGGGAAGCUGAUGACAUCAGAGGUGCCCCAGGAAGCCGCCCGCCCCCAGGGCGACAGACGGGACUAUUUAUACGGAGGAAACGCAGCCCUGUCACCCUCCGGCUCCACGUUGCCUUCUGCUUCCCUCGCUUCCCCGGCUCGCGCCGGGGCUGCUGCGCCUAUAUUAGGAGCUCGGCAGAUGGAAGGGGCGGGACCUUCCGCGUCUCCCCCGGCUGGGCUCUCUGCACGUGCAUCCCGGCCCUGAGCCAUCAAGGACCUGGCCCACCCUCCCUGCGCUGUCUGAACCUCCCUGGCACCCUAGGGGGUAGACGAAGAGUUCUUGCCAUCUCCCAACUGAGGGCUCCAGGUUCACCAGGGAGCCCAGGCUCAUUAGGAAACCACAGAGCACGUGGCCCCGGUCAGGCAGAGAGCCAGCAGGUGUCCCGUGGCAAGCUCCAGCCCGGUCUCCGAUGGGGUGACAGACAGACCUCCAGCCCCACUUCUGCCAUCAGCGGCUGCUCCCCUCUCCCGGAAGCCCUGGAGACCAGCAUCUGGCUCAGCAUCCCAAGCUCACCUGGGUCCUCGCCUCUGUCCUCCGCUGCUUUGUACACCAGCAAGUGGGGCCUCUCACCACACUGGGUGACUGGGGGUGGGGUAUCCUGCAGCUUUGAUCCCCAAUUGUGUUCUGUGGCUUUGGCACUGGGGAGGUGUCAGACACUGAGGUACCCAACCUGGUAA